AGUUUCUAAUACGCGUUUAACUUUCGAAAUCGAAACUUAUGAGAAUCGAAGUACGCACUGCUUAUGCAGACUUCAAGCAAGUUUAGGAAGAGGCUUCGUUGGUUUACAUAGUAUCUCCUAAUAAAUAAGCUGCAUUAUAGGUAGUAGCCAUCAACUUUGAAAGUGAUUCUUGAGCGACAAUAGAACGUGCAUUGAAAUGCUGAUAUGGUCAUGCAUAAGAAAUGAUUGAAUGUUGGAACGAUGAAUGUGUAAGAAACACGUACUGCAAGAAGUCUCGCCAGUUUACUGACAGUCUUUGAGGAUAGCCUUGAGCAUUUGAGAAAGGAGCAUGGCUACUGUCAAGUUGGACUGGAUGCUAUUAACCUUACUUCUGGUUCACUGUGGAGACAACUUUGUUAAUGGUAUCAUAACAGAUGUACGUCUUGAUGGCGGUCCAUCUCCUGAUAAAGGAACGGUACAGAUAAUGCAAGAUAAUGGCAUAUGGGAGACAACAUGUGGAAUAAAUCUUGACAUCAAUGACGUCAUUGUCAUUUGUAAGCAGUUGGGAUAUACAGGGGCAAACAGGGCAAUACAAAGCACGCCGUAUGGACAUGAUUCAACUUCACCUAACAUGUCUAAGAUUGGGCUAAGUUGUAAUGGCGGAGAAGACGACUUAGCUGAAUGCCCAAUUUUUCAGCAACAAUGUUGGCCAUUCACUGGAGCAGCUUCGUGUCAUGGUGUUAAUUAUCUUGGAUGCUAUGUCGACAGACUGAAUGAUCGAGUUUUCCCUGGUGACAGUUUACUAAGUGAUGCAGACAUGACCAUCUCCUACUGCAUCCAGUUUUGUAACGACAUAACAUCAUCUAUCUAUGAAUACGCGGGGGUUAAUAAUGGGAAUGAAUGUUACUGUGGUGCAGCCGGUGAUAACUACACUAGGCACGGGGUUGCAUCGGAUAGGGAAUGUCAAUCACCAUGCCAAGGAGACUCAACUGAGAGCUGCGGAGGGGUAGGGUACAUAGCUGUCUUUAGAAUUAACAUCGGCACCAUCUUGUCAACUGAGAAAGUUCAAGAAAGGAGCACCAAAUCUGCCUUGAUAACCAAUCAACCUACCUCAGAGAUGACCAGUGAUCCAAACAAUGAUUCACCAACGGCUACAACCUUGUCAUCAAUACUCCUACAAACUGGUUCCAAUUCUUGUAUUGGCGUUGGUAUCGGCGAAGGCGUUGUCAUCAUUUUACUAGUAGUAAUUGUCAUUGCAUUGGUACUAAACAACCUCCGAAUGCGAAAGAUGAUGAAAGAUUCAAACAGCGACCAGAAGACACAACCUUUGGAUGUGGUCCGGUCCUCAGGUCCGACCGACAAAGACACGGGUUUCUAUCAUGAUAUUCAGGAUUUCAGGGAAUCAACCGUGUCACCCUCACCUGAUGGCGAGGUUCAGUAUUCCUCGAAGAUAUACGAACAGAAACGCGACAGUGCAUUGUAUCCCAACGAUAGCAUCCAGCUGCAACACUCUUAUAUGAUGUAACUGAAGCUGUCCAUGCAUACAUUUAUAAUAUGCCUUGGGGGAAAAGCCUUCAUCGAUUGGAUAAAUUAUGGCAUAGUGAAUUGUUUCCCUUAGGUUUCAUUUAACCACCAUCUCCCUGCUAAUGACGGAUUUUUCUAGGUUUCCAUUUAGCUCCUUAAAUUACGAUGACUUGUUGUCUCUCAAAGCGC